AUGCGCCGCGCUACCUCCAUCUCCGCCAGAACCGCCACCGUCGCCAGGCCCGCUGCCCGUUCGGCUUCGCGCCUUCAGCUCUCCCAGGUCGCCACCAGGACCUUCGUGUCGGGCACUGCCCAGGCCACUUCCAGCUCUGCCAGGACUGGCGCCAUGCUCAUCGGUGCCGCCGCCUUCGCUGGUGCCAGCUACUACAGCUUCGCCUCGGUCAAGGCUGACGACAAGGUGCCCCACACUGGUCUUCCCGGCACCAGGUUCGAGAGGACCUUCAUCGCCAUCAAGCCCGAUGGUGUCCAGCGUGGCAUCGUGGGUGAGAUCAUCCAGCGCUUCGAGAAGAAGGGCUACAAGCUCGUUGGCCUCAAGGUCGUCAAGCCCACCAAGCAGUUCGCCGAGCAGCACUACGCUGAUCUCUCGAAGAAGCCUUUCUUCCCCAGCCUGGUGAACUACUUCUCGUCUGGCCCCGUCGUCGCCAUGGUGUUCGAGGGCAGGAACGCCAUCGUCAACGGCCGCAAGAUCGUUGGUGCCACCAACCCCGCUGAUGCCGAGGCUGGCUCCGUCAGGGGUGACCUUUGCAUUGACAUUGGCCGCAACAUCAUCCACGGCUCCGACGGCCCCGAGAGCGCCAAGGACGAGAUCUCCCUCUGGUUCAAGGAGGGCGAGCUCGCCAACUGGGAGUCCGAGAACGCCAAGUGGGUGUACGAGAAGCUCUAA